GAAAAUGUUCAUUCAGCUAAAGUGACAGAGGAAAUUGUGUUAUGGUCUAAAAUAUUCAUUGCAGUGACGUGAACUUUAAACAAUUUUGUCUUCAAAUUGAUAUUGUAUUUAAUCACAUUAUUUUGAAGGAUUUACUCUGUCGUAACGUAAAGGCUGGGUCAAACUCAGGUGUCUCAUUGGAUGAAAGCCUGGCACAAUCCACUAUAGCCGAAUACAACACUGCUGUUCAAGAGAGCCUUGAAUGAGAUUAGUUGCAGUUAGUUUGUGCGAUGGUGUGAGAGAAGGCGUUUACUUUUACGCUGUUACACCGACGUGCAUAGGACUGGGCUGGUAUCUGUGGACACAGGAAGAAAAGGAAACUAAAUAAUUGAAGAGGUGUAUUGAGGAGAAAAGGACUCCUGUGCUGACUGUUUUUUAUAUUCUAGGAGGAAUAAACAAAUAUUAUGUUAUACAGACGGUGAAAAAAAAACCUGAUAAAUAUUUUGAAAGGAUAGUUGAAAAUAAAUAAAGACAACAUGUUGCUGUUUAUAUGCGGCGUUGUACUUGUGUGUAUAGUACCUUCCGUCAUAUCUCAGGGAAAAUUUGUAUGUCCGGAGGGCGGCUUGGAUAGUCAAAGUUAUGAUGUCAAAGAAUUUGAUUUCCUGACAAAAUUCAACGUUCAAAAAUUGAAGAAAGAGAGCAGCUAUGGGCAAUAUGGAACCGCUUAUAGCAUAACGAAAAAGCAAAUCCUUAAAGACGAAAGGAAUUGGAAUCUUUUUGCCGAUGAACUUCCUAGAAAUUUCGUUUUUGUAACAAUUUACCAAAACAAUCAGCGCAGACAAGUAUGGAGUUUAUUUAACAUCAGUGAUAGUCAAGGAAAGUCCCAUUUAGCUUUACUUUUAAAUGGACGUGCAAACGAGCUCUCAUUGGUGUACAAAAAUCAGGACAGGGAAGAAAAAAGUGUUACAUUUGAUAAAAAAGUAACCAAACAGGCACUAAUGACUAAAUCAACUUGGCACAAGCUUUAUCUGAGUCUGGUCCGAACAGAGCGUCUUAACAAUGAAGGAUUCAUGGAGAGCGUAGAUGUCGCCACCAUUAAUGUAGAUUGUAAAUGGACAGACAAACAAACGCUUAAUCGGACGAGGGAGGAAUACGUCGAUCCAAGUGGAUAUACGUCAAUAGCAAGAGAAAUUAAUGGAAAAUCGCAUAGAAUGAAGAUAUCGUGGAUGUUGUUCCAUUGUAAUCCAAAUAUGAAAAGAAACUGCGACGAAAUCAAACAGGAAAACCCAGUCAAAGACAAACAGGUUACAAGUCGCCGACGUGGGGACCAGCCUGAUGAAAGUGCAUGCUCCUCAGUAACGUGUCCAGCUGGACCAGCUGGACCUAAAGGAGAAUUUGGACCCGCGGGCCCGCAAGGACCAGAAGGGACUCCUGGAAUACCCGGAGUUGAUGGACAAGCCGGUGUACCCGGUAAACCUGGAGCUCCUGGAAAAAGCGGGAGAGAUGGGACACCAGGUCAGCCUGGACAACCAGGAUUGCCAGGGGCGCCCGGAGAAAGGGGUUUCCAAGGUGAGGAUGGGUUACCAGGUAUUGAUGGAGUUCCAGGAAAAAGGGGUCUUCCAGGAGAGCCUGGUAUUCCAGGAGAAGAAGGAGUUCCAGGAAAGAGGGGAACGAGAGGAGAAGCUGGUAGACCAGGGGAACGUGGAGAGCCCGGCAUACCUGGGGAAAGUGUUAUGGGACCUCCCGGGCCACGCGGUCCCGUUGGUGAACCAGGAACAUCAGGAUAUGACGGCAAUCCUGGACAAAAUGGUCAAGAUGGAAUUCCUGGCGAAAAGGGUGAGAGGGGAGAUCCUGGUCAAAGGGGAGACAGAGGUCUUCCUGGCACUCCGGGUCGUGAUGGUAGUCAAGGUAUUCAAGGUAUUCAGGGACCUCCUGGUCCACCUGGACCACAGGCUGUCGUCUCUAACGAAAUUCAAGAAGAAGUUCAGCAAAUUCCUGGACCACAAGGUCCACAAGGCGCUCAGGGAUUACAAGGUCCUCCAGGAGUAUCCGGAGAACCAGGUAUUCCAGGAGAGCCGGGCCAGCCAGGAGAACGGGGACUGACGGGAGAAAGAGGAACUCCAGGGAGAGAUGGCGCUGAUGGAAUACCGGGCCGACCAGGAGAAAGGGGUCCUGAGGGACAAGCUGGAAUUAAAGGAGAACGUGGUGAUCAAGGCGCAAUGGGGUUGCAAGGACUUCCGGGUGCUGACGGUGCCCCCGGCAUACACGGGGAGAAUGGGGAGAAAGGAGAACGAGGAGAAAGGGGUCUACCGGGACCCCCAGGGGAGAUUCAAACGCUGAGGGAUUUGGAAGCUUCGGUACUUGAAGAAUACAAACAACAGUUCCGAGGGCCAGCCGGAGCACCUGGACCACGUGGUGAACAAGGUACACGCGGAGAAUCGGGACAACCAGGUUUAGCCGGGCCACCAGGAGCGGACGGAAAAGCCGGAGAGCCGGGUCCUCCGGGAAGAGAUGGAAAUGACGGAGAGCCAGGUCCACCAGGAUUACCAGGAGAAGAAGGAAGACCAGGGGCUGAAGGUCCAAGAGGCCAACCGGGGACUCGAGGCGAUAACGGAUCACCAGGGCUACCUGGAGCACAAGGACCGAGAGGUCCAGUUGGCGAGAAGGGAGAAUCAGGGUCCCGUGGAGCUCCCGGGCUUGAUGGACGAACGGGACCAUCCGGCCAACCUGGACCACCGGGCCCUAUGGGCAUGAUAGGACAACCCGGUCCUCCUGGACCUCCGGGCCCAGCAGGACCAGCUGGAGAAAAAGGAUCCGGAUUGGAAUUUGGUACAUAUGAUAUACUAGCGUCAAAUGGACAGGAAAUGCGCGGUCCACCUGGACUGCCGGUAAGUGUCCAGUGUAAAGAGGGACCUCCUGGACAACCGGGACCAUCGGGGGCUACAGGAAGCGCAGGAUUGUCGGGUCCGAGAGGUCCAUCUGGAGAGCGCGGGCCACAAGGUAGUUCAGGUGCCCCUGGAACACCAGGACUUCCAGGGCCGACGGGACCACCUGGUCCUACGGGAGAAAGAGGACAGCCGGGAUCACCUGGUAUGCCUGGACUCCCGGGCAGGAGCGUAUCCGACGAAGAAGUCAGACAAAUCUGUUUCCAGAUAUUACGUGAGCAACUCGAAGACUUAGUCGCAGAUUUACGUGGGCCAGCAGGUCCACCAGGUGUUGGAAAACCAGGAAAAUCUGGACCGCCCGGACCAACGGGUCUGCCAGGUGAUCGUGGAGAGCCAGGUCAGCCAGGAGAAAGAGGUUUCAUGGGACUUCCAGGUCUGCCAGGAACACAGGGUCCUGUAGGACCACCGGGAGAGCCCGGAAUGAAAGGAGAUAGGGGAUUCCGAGGAAGAGGAAAAGACGGUAUAAUGGGACCACGCGGAAUGCCAGGACAACCUGGACCCACUGGAGUCGGUCAGGAAGGUAGACCAGGAGAGAGAGGUCCCCCAGGAUUACCUGGAACUCACGGCCCACGGGGUCCGCCUGGUAACCAAGGAGCCCCGGGAUAUUGCGAAUACUGUAAUUUUGCCCCAGCAGGAGGGCCACAAAUAGUUCGACUACCAGGAAGUAAUGUCAAGGGGCCUUAAAUAUCACAUACCAUGAAGAUAUUAUUUUAUCAAACCAAAUCAAAAAGACUUGUGAUAAUUCUGAUUGCUUAUUUGUUUCAUCUUUUCAUUUCUGUUUCAUGUAGUUUACAGCAUUAGUCCAUUCGUUCUCGCUAGUCCCCGCUUUAUUCCCUAAUAGUGUACACCUGCAGCAUGCUGACCCGGCAAAAUUUAUAUUCAUUCUUGCCUUUAAUACGGUGAAUUCUUCAUUUUGAUACUUGGUGUAAAUAGUAAUUGUCCGGACUUCUGGAAACAGUACAUAUAAAUGUUUGGUACUUUCCGCUGUUAGAUGUUUAAGAGUGAUUAAAACAAUUGAAAACGCUUUUGACUCGAAAAAAUUAGUCCGCGUUUUUUAAUAAAAAUUAUUUUUGAACGAAUCUUGAAUUGUAUAUACUGUUAUCACUACGUGUUUAUGUAUGUGUAAACGGGCCAGUAUGUUGUAAAAUAGUUCUUCGACUUUAAUGUAUUAAUUUGACCAGUAAAAUCUUUCGUACCUGUAGCAUGCUUAGGCUUCAUAAAGUCCCAUUUAUUAUAUUUCUGUUUCACUGUAGUUAUGUGUUAACGUUUAGAAUGUAUAACAUUUAUAUACCUGAUUUAGAUGCACUGCAUGUGACCAGUAAUCAUUAUCAUGCCAGUAUUUGUUAUUGUGUGAUUGGUUUUAUUAUUAUUUUCAAUCCUUUUUCAUUCAUUUUAUUGUUUUUAUCUGUUUAGAACAAAAUGUUGGACAUUUUAAAAUGAAAAUACCUCUAUUAGUCUAUUAACAUUUGAUCACCGCUGUAUCUGAAUCGCAUUUGCUAGCUAUUUUUGUGAUCAUCUGAAACGAGAAAAGGAUCUUCAUUCAUAUUGGGCAAUACCAUUUGUUAUUUGAAGGGGUGUUCACUGAAAAUUUACUGACUGAAUAGCGAACAGUGCAGACCAUGAUCAGACUGCACUGGUCGCAAAGGCAAAAUCACUUGCCGCCAGCAGGCUAAGGGUUGAUAUUAAAUUUAUUUUAUUAUUUUACGUAAUUUAGACAUUUUUCAAGACACACAUGUUUCGAUUGUUUGCUUAUACUUUUAUAGCACGCUUGCAUGUAAUAUUUUAGGUACAUGCUAACAUAGCAACAAAGAUCGUAGGUAUGUGUACGCAGCGGACACAUUACGACACAAAGCAUGUAUAUAUUGUUCAGAUAUUUUUCGAAGUAGCGCAUGUAUAUUUGAUUUGUGCAUGGCCGUUUCGCCAGCUCGUGGGCAAUGCUCUUUAGUAAAAUUAUAACGCCAACAGUAUCAUCACAAGAUCUCGGUUUUCUGCCACUAAUUCUGACUGAGCAGUUAUGUAAGAUCUGUAACGAAUAUGUACUAGAAAGUAAAGAUUUACAAACAUUUUAAUCACAGUGAAAGUUAGUUUGGGAAUUUCAUAGAAAAAUAACAUGAAUACUAAUUCAACACAGAGUUAAUGAAGGACGAAUAAGUUCAUUGUAGACAAAUAACAAAAGACUUUAUCAAUAUCUAAAUAAAGUAAUAAAAAUAUUUUUGAUAAAGAGUCCAUUAAGCACGAAGAUGUUUUAUACUAGUUAAUAACUAUGGGAAAAGUUUAUCUUGUUAAAAUUAGGAAGACCCUUAUCACAGAUUGAAAAUCUGCACGUGUAAUAACACUAAAAUUGUCUGAACGAUAGUUUACUUACUUGUACAUUUCGAUAUGACGAUCUUGUACGAAAUUGCUCUCUCAGAUAAAUUGCAGGCAACGCAUACGGAGAUGCGAUAUUUAUUAGGACCCUAUGGGCAUCACUUCAGGUUUAGUAAUUGCACAUUCGCUCAUUUUGCAUCACAUUUUUCUCACAUUAAACAUAAUAUUGCGCAUUUUACUUAUGUCUUUGUCUGUAUUUAAGUACAUGUCUUUUUUACAAUUAUUGGCAUACAAGUUAAAAUGGCAUUUCUUUAAUUGAGAUUUCAAAGUACCAGCAUAAGAUUUUUCGACGUUUAUAAUCCUGUCAUUAAAACAAUGUACACGUGCGUAAUAAUGCGUUUAAAUCCUUUAGUGAAAACAAAAGCCAUUAUUUUGUACGAAUGAAUUAUUCUAAUGGCAUCAUUAUAAACGUUGAGUACUAUUUUAAUGAAAAUGUUUUUAUGUUACAAGAAAUACAGACGGUAAACAACUUUUUUUUAUAAUUCAUACUUAAAUUUAAUACAUCGUAUGAAAUGCAUUUUACACAUAGGUCAAUUUGUCGCAUGCAUUAAGAGUAGAGCUAAAUAAUAUGUAUAUAUACGUGCCAUACGUAAUGUUUUAUAUUAAAACAUGAUUUUUACUUUUUAUUACUCUAUUUUUCAGCACUUUUUAUGCCAGUAAAUUCAUAUUUUAUCAUGUUAAAGAUAAGUGUGAGUUUGUUGAUCUGACGAUGUUGUUUUAUACAUUUUAAUACCGAAAUUUUGUGUUUCUGUACUAACCAGAGUCUCCAUUGUUUUAAUGUCAUGACAACAUUUCGUAUAGUUUAUGAUAUUAUCAUAGUAUAUAUUGUGGUAAUACAGUAUUUAAUACACUCUGUAGUUCAUUGUUUUCGCAUAUAUCCGCGUAUAAAUAUUCCCUGGUAAGCUGAACAUUGUUGGGUCUUUUUUCAAAUUAUAGGCUGACUAGGGACAACAUGUUACUGGUAGCAUAUUUAUUCAUGCAAACACAUCAAGUAAUAUAAUUGACAUUCACCAUAAAUAGAGACUAUUUUCAGCUUAUCUUGACAGUUUCAUACAGGUACCAUCUUGUUUAAGAAUUAAUUUUGAUAAUUUUGUUCACAAAACAUGUACGAAUAUCAGGGUAAAACAACAUUUGUGUAGAUAUCUUAUGUCUAUAAAAUUACAGCUAUAAGAAAAUUUGCAUAAAAAUUAUUUGAGAUAUAAAGGUAAAAUUGUUAUGUUUGGAUAUUCCUCUUCACUUUUUAUUUCAAUCAAAAUUAAGUUAUUUAUCUACAUUUAUUUAAUUUGAAUAUGGAUCAAUAUUACUCUAAGUUUUGACUCAAAAGUCAUGAAAAAAAUAGAACUACUGCUUGCUAAAAUGAACUUUUUACAGUUAUGUCUGUACCUUUGUCGUAUUCAAAUAAAUUGUUUUGUCUGAAUCUCAAAUAAAAGCUUUUUUAAACUU